GAGGAGACUGAUAGCAGCUUUCCAUUAACUGCUGCUCCUAUCAACAUGUUGGCUGCAGAUGUUAAAGAAGAGGCUCCUGAAGAACAGAAGCCUUUUAUGGACCAGCAGGAGCUGGAGAUUCGUCAUAUAAAGGAGAAAAGUGAAAGAAUGUGGGUCAGCCAGGAAGGAGAGCAACUGAAUUUCAAGGAGGAGACCAAAGAUACCUCGUUUCCAUUAACUGUAGUUCAUAUAAAGAGUGAAGAGGAGGAAGUGAAACCUAUAUUUUCUUACUUGCAUCAACAGCAAACAGAAGUCAGAAAUUUUCCAUCCAGCACUUCAGCUGACUAUAUAAAAGUGAAAAUUAAAGAGAGUGACUCAAAUGUGGAUUCAAUAAGAAAAGUUGUUGGUACUAAAAAGUUUAAUUGGAAAAAAAAUCUAAAGUCAAACAUAACAAUCCACACCAAGGAUAAAUCUAUUGAUCGUAAUACUUAUGGAAAAAGGUUUUCCCUCGGGUCAAAACCUUUUGGUUGUAAGGCCUGUAGUAAAAGGUUUUCUAAUAAGUCAGCCUUAUGUAGUCAUAUGAGAAUUCACAAAGUAGUGAAACUCUUUGCUUGUGAUGUGUGUGGUAAACAAUUUUUCCUCAACACAAGUUUAAAAAGACACGUGAAAAUCCACACAGAAGAUAAACCCUUUGGUUGUGAAGCAUGUGGAAAAAGAUUUUCCCUGGGCUCAUAUUUAAAAGCACACAUGAGAGUUCACACAGGAGAAAAGCUCUUUGAAUGUGAUGUGUGUGGAAAAACGUUUUCCCUCAGCUCACGUUUAAAAAGGCACAUGAUUAUCCAUUCAGAAGAUAAACCCUUUGGUUGUGAAUCUUGUGGAAAAAGAUUUUCUCUUGACUCACGUUUAAAAAGACACAUGAAAAUCCACACAAUUGAGAAGCCCUUUAGUUGUGAUGAAUGUGGGAGAAGAUUUUCCCUCGAGUCACGUUUAAAAGAACACAGGAGAAUUCACACGGGGGAUAAACGUUUUGUUUGUGAUGUGUGUGGGAAAAGAUUUUUCAGGAAUUCAGAAUUAAAACCACACAUGAGAAUUCACACGGGAGAGAAACCCUUUUGUUGCGAUAUAUGUGGAAAAAGAUUUUCCUUUGGUUCAGGUUUAAAAACGCACAUGCAAAUGCACAUGGGAGAGAAACCAUUUGGUUGUGAUGAGUGUGGAAAAAGAUUUUCCUUCAGUUCAGGUUUAAAAACACACCUGCGAAUCCACACUGAAGAGAAACCUUUUGGUUGUGAUGAGUGUGGGAAACAGUUUUCCAGGAAGUCAGAUUUAAAACAACAUAUGAGACUUCACACAGGAGAGAAACCCUUUUGUUGUGAUGCAUGUAGUAAAAGAUUUUCCAACAAGGCAGCUUUGACUAGUCAUAUGAGGACUCACACAGGAGAGAAACACUUUGGUUGUGAUGAGUGUGGAAAAAGAUUUUCCUCUGGCUCAAGCUUAAGAAGACACACCACAAUCCACACAGGACAUAAACCCUUUGGUUGUGAAGUGUGUGGAAAAAGAUUUUUGCUGGUCUCAUAUUUAAAAGUGCACACAAGUAUUCACACAGGAGAGAAGUUCUUUGGUUGCGAUGUAUGUGGAAAAAGAUUUUCCCUCCGCUCACGUUUAAAAAGCCACAUGAGUAUCCACACAGAAGAUAAACCCUUUGGUUGUGAAGUGUGUAGAAAAUCUUUUUCCCUCCACUCAUAUUUAAAAGCACACAUGAAAAUCCACACAAAAGAUAAAACAUAGGAAAUUUGUAUGCAGAGAUCUUGAGGCUUCAUUUAAAGAAAUGUGCAAUUAGAUUUCUCCUCAGAAUAACAGUGUCCAAAUCAGCAAUAACAGCAGUGUGAUUGUAAAAUAUGAUGGGCCACAAAUGUCUCAAAAGGGAGCGAUAGCCCUCACAACUCUUGGAUAGAAGCUGUUUCUAAGUUAAUUAAUUCAGGAAUUGAUACGUUACCUGAUAACCCGAGUUUACCUGAUGGAAGAGGGGAAUACAGUGCAUUGCCCAGGUGCGUAGGAUCAGUGGAGAUGUGGCUGGCCCUUCUCUGAACUCAUGCUGCAUAAACUGAGUCUACUGUAGAUGGCAUCCCACAAUCCCCUGCGCUGUUCUCGCCACACGUGCUAGGUCCUUCCUCUCCUUCAGCUCCCAUACCAUAUAGUUAUGCUGAUAGAUAAAAUACUUUAUAUGAAAGCAAUGUAAAAAAAAAAAUUAGCAACUUAGUGGAAAGUCUGGUCCGUUUCAAUUUUUUGAGGAAGAAGAGCCGUUGUUGGGUCUUCUUCUCCAGGUGGGAGGUAUUCACUGUGUAGGAGAGGUCAAGGGAGAUGUGAAUGCCAAGGAAUCUAAUGCUGUCCACACACUCCACCACCUCUCCAUGUAUUCAGAGUGGCACGUGUUUGAUCUUCAUGCUCCUGUAAUUUAUUAACACCUCCUUCGCCUUAUUCGUGUUCAAGAUCAGAUUGAUCCUGGAGCACCACUAUGUCAGAUUGUGAACCUUAUCUGUGUAGUGGGUCUCAUUGUUGGAGAUGAGACCCACUACAGUGAUGUCUGCAAACUUCACCACUGUGUUUGUGGGAUGGACAGCAGAACAGUCCUGAGAGAAAAGGGUGAAGAGCGCUGGGCUGAGGACACAGCCCUGUGGUGUUCCUGAGGAUCAGUGGAAAAGAUGUUCCCUAUCCUCACCACCUGGGUCUGUUGGUGAGGAAGUCACUGAUCCAGGAGCAGAGAGGUGUGGAGAAUCAAUGUUGUGGAGCUUCAGAACCAGCAUGU